UCCUCUCCCCCAAGUGCUACCGGCGAGUUGGCUAAUGUUUUGAACCGUCGACAGGAUUAACAGUGGCUUCUUUUUUUUUUGGCCUUUUCUUUUGGGGCGUUUUUAUAACACGGGUGAAUCUCCGAAAGCUGCACGUGUGCUACGGUUCAAACACGUGUUGCGUCUAAUGUGUUCAUGUCUGAGACAAGUUAGCUUCGACUGCGUUGUCAGUCCCGUCACCUCCACGCCGACCGUUCACCGGUGCGACCCCGGUGGACCGUCCGACGUCGUUUCACCGCCCGCACCAUGACCGAGAGGGGGGGCGAAGACAAACCCGGGCGAAGUCUGUCGCUGUCCAGGAGCAGGAGGAAAGGCGGUGCCCCGGCCGGGAGCCGUGCCAGUGCCGCGUCCUCGGCUCCCAUCGCCUCGUUCUUCAGCAGCCAGCCCCCGCCCCGGCUGGCCUGCCCCCUGUGUGGCCUCCUGGUGCCCAGAUUCAGGAUCAAUGAGCACAUUGAUUUGCAGUGUCAGAACUUUGACAGAGGGGACGGCGGUGUGGUGCCGAGCGUCCAGGUGUCACCCCCAGAGCCGCGUCGAGCACAGGACGAGGGGGCGAAGGAGGCCGAGACCAGUCCUUAUUUCCAAAAGAAGAACUCCCAGCGGGCCUCUCGCGAGACAAAGAGUCAAUCUGUGGCGAGGGCGACUGACCCGAGAAGUCUCUCGUCCGAGCUGUCCAGACGUGCCGGACCGGAGAGCGCACGGGCAGAUGGCGCACACGCGUCACCGCGCCUCGCCACGGAGAGAGGCCCAGCGGAGACACCGAGCGGCUCACAGAAAGAAAACCUUCCGAUUCAGAACUCGGAGGACGGAGAGGAACGCGUGGCUGCCGGUGACCCGACGACCGCCACCGGCGAGUCUCCGGGAGCAGGGGGCGAGCCGCCGUGGUCGGACGAAGGACACCACAUUACACAGACAUCCCCGUCACCAGAGACUUUCCACCAACGUCCACAAGUGCAAACCAAACUGGCAAAGAGGAGAAAGGAACCUGCCUCCGCCGGCAAGGCGUCCGAUCUCAGGAAAAGAGCCAAAUGUGACAGGAGCGGUGGGCCUGAGGGAGUCGAUGCGGAGCAGCGCGGAACUGUCGCCACCUCGCCCGACCUCGCUGCGACGCCGGGGGACCCUCGGGAGACCAGGGCCGCCGUCGUCGACGGCGAUUCACUGGCAGAGUUGUCUGAGCAAACCACCGGUGGCCGGGCAGUCGAGAGCCCUCACCCCCCGCCUCCCUACUACCUCCGUAACUUCCGCAGCGUGCUGCAGGCCGUGCUGCAGGACGAGGACGACGGGGCUCUGUUCAACCGAGACGACAUGGCUCUCGUGCAGGCUUUUGAGAGGCUAUCAGCCACGGGGCAGAAGCUGUAUGUGCGGCUCUUUCAGAGGAAGCUGAAGUGGCUUCGAGUAAAUAAACUGGAUUAUGGAGAGAUACGCAGCGACCUGGGACCCGUCGCCGAGGAGCUGAUUCAAAGUGGCUUUCUGCAGUCAGAGAACGAUCUUGAGGACCUGGGAGAGGCUCUGGAUCUCCUGCCUGCUCCUGAGCUCAAAGCUCUGGCUAAGAGCUUCCAUCUGGGCAGCUCUGGGACUCAGAAACAGCAGCUUGUGGACGGGCUUGUUCAACUGAGCAGACAAAAGUCCAUCUUCUCUCUGAGCCCUGCUCAGAACAUCAGGGCAGUCAUCCUUAAAAGGGUGAAGCAGCUCGCGGGCUCCUGCGUGCGUCUGUGUCGUGGUCCUCGCGCAGUCUUCUCUCGCAUCCUCCUGCUGUUUUCUCUGACGGAUACCAUGGAUGAGGAGGAGAUGGCAUCUGGUGGGCAGGGCCAACUUUUCACCAUCCUACUGGUCAACUCAGGACGCCUGGCCUUCCCCGACUACACAGUGCAGCGUGCAGCCAAGGUGUUCCAGGACAGAGAGGACCUGAUCAGAUAUGAAGUAUCCAUGCGAUCCCUGCAAGAGGUCAACUCAGCUAUGCAGGCAGGUCAGUGGGAAGAGGCCCUGGAGCUUUACACUGCUGCUAAAAGUGCUUGGCAGGAACUCAAGGAAAACCAUGACCUCAGACACCAGGAAGAGUUGCCUGUGUUCCUGCGCAGCUUCACUACAGGAUGGUCUUACACACGUAUCUUAUCCAGAGGGGUGGAGAUCUUGCAGAGGCUACGUCAAUACGAGGAAGCAGUGGAGGAGCUGCAGUCGUUAUUGUUGCAGUCUGUUUACUGUCCCGACAGCCGCGGGCGAUGGUGGGAGAGACUUGCGUUAAACCUUCACCAGCACCUCAAAAAACCUGAGCGGGCUAUUUGUGCUAUUAGAGAUGGGCUGUCAGACGCCCAGGUUCGAACAGGACACAAGCUCUCCCUGCAUCAGAGAGCUGUUCGGAUGAAAGAGUCUGCCAGCUUCAAGAAGUAUCGCCCGCAACUCAAAGACUUACCCACGAUUCAUGUCCAUGAUGUCAAACAUGUGACGAUCCGAGGGCAGCUGUUUCCUCAUGAGGGAGGCAUGGGGAAAUCUAUGUUUCUUUUACCAGCAAAUAGAGAGGGGGAAGCGGGUGAUGUCGCCACUGUAAUAUGUUCUGUGGAAGAACUGUCUUUAGCACACUACCGCCAGCAGGGUUUUGACCAAGGGAUCCAUGGUGAGGGUUCAACUUUCUCUACAUUGUUUGCUCUUUUGCUGUGGGAUAUCAUUUUCAUGGAAGGUAUUCCAGACGUUUUCCGAAACCCAUACCAGACAUGUCCACUGGAUCUUUACACCGACUGUUUCUAUGAGAACAGAAAGGAGGCGAUUGAUUCACGUGUUCAGUUACUCAGCGAAGCGUCUGUGGAGACGCUACACAGCAUGUUGGAGGAUGUCUGGACCUCACAGGAGGGGAAAGUGUGUUCAUUGGUCAACUGGGAGCGUUUCUCAUCCCUUCAACAUGCACAGUCCCUCGUGUCUUGCCUUGGUGGAGCCUUCUUAGGAGGAGUAAUGACAAGAAUGUCAAAAGACUACAGACACUGUCGUGGAGGUUUGCCUGAUCUGGUGGUAUGGAACACCUCCCAAAACACCUACAAGCUGGUGGAGGUGAAGGGGCCCAGUGACCGGCUGUCCCAGAAGCAACAGAUCUGGCUGGAUGAGCUUCAGAAACUGGGGGCUGAUGUGGAGGUGUGUCACGUGGCAGCUUCCGGAGCACGAGGAAUAAAGGAAUAAACGGACACAGAGGAACUGAUUGAAGAGAUUUUGCUGCUAAAAUAAGAUUUAUGUUCCUGAUUCUGAUUCAGGUUGUCUUGACCAGAUGUUGAUGCUCAAUUUAUCUUCCUAACAUAACACAUUUAACCCUAUUUGAGUAUAGGGAAUGUUGUGGAGAGGAGUGUGCCUUGUGAGUUUGGUAUCAUUAAGUCAACCACUGCUUCCAACAGGGAAGAGGUGCAUCAUGCGGCGAUGAUCACUGACAACUGCCAUGAUCAGAAAUAGCUUACAGUCAACCAGAGCUGAUGAAAUGGAUCCAGUGACCACACAAAUCUGAUGGCGUUUCCUUGUCUUUUCCAACACUACAUUCACAGGAUCUGAGGUUGCCAAGCAACAUAAACAUGUAGUUGGCUGCUUAUGGAUUAUAAGAUGGCUGUACGAGUUUGUUAUGCAGUAAUUACUGUGAUAAUGUAGCUGUAAAUAUUCAUUUUUGUCACUAUUCUUCAAGAAAAAAAAACUUGGGUGGUACAAAGAAAGAAUAGCGCUGCAAUUAAUGAUUAUUGCCAUUAUUGAUUAAACUGCUGUUUGUUUUAUCUGAAUAAUGUUUUGGUCUAUAAAAUGUCAUGUUACCCAUCUCAAUUUCCCAGCGCUCAAGUUGCCAUAAUUACAUUGUCUCUUUGGUCUUACUAACAAAUCUGUUUAGUAUCAAAAUAAGACAAACAAACAGCAAACCCUCGAAAUUUGACCUUGAAAAUGUUUUGCUUAAAGGUGACAUAUUAUGCUCAUAUUCAUACUUUUAAUUUGGGUUACCACUUGAAAAGGUUUUCAUGCUCUAAUUUCAGAAAAGGCAUCAGUGUUCUCAUUCUGCCCAUUCCUGCAGCUCCUCUUUUCACCACCUGUGUAAAACACCUGAAUUUCUUUGUGCCCCGCCUCUCAAUAAACCCCCCAGUCUGCUCUGAUUGGCCAGUUA